GGUGACCAGUGGAUCGGGCUUACAGCAGAGCCACCGCCGUGAGGACGCACUGGGUCCCGGUCGCAGAGCUUAUCUCUACAGUGCAGUUCUGGCUGGUCUACCUGUUAAACAGUCAAAGUUUUGGAAGAAGCGAACAGCCCAGCAGAGUCGAGCUGCCACAGCGGUGCAUGCUGGGUGAUAUUGAGGCAGGGUAGCGGCGGCGACAGCAGCAGCAGCAGCAGCCGGCUGACUCAACCUUCACUUUCUGCUUCAGUUUCAGCCGUCCUGCACUGCUCAGCUGGCUUCAUCUGACAGCGUGUGGACAGCACAGUCUUCAACCGAGUCAUGGAAAUCAGCGGACAACAUCUCACGGUGUAGCCAGGAGGAUACGUUGAUUGCCAGAGAAUCAUGGAGCCAGAUGUCAUCCGCAUGUACUCCUCUUCUCCGCCCCCGAUGGAGGACGGCGCAGAGGAUGAGGACAGCGAGUUUGGAGACUUUGGCACCUUCUCUGGCGUCCCAAACAGCAUCAGCUUCACAGAAUUUGACACCCCAACCACUUUCAACCAGACUCAAGCUCUUACCGCCACCUCCCCGCCAGAGCUCAUCAGCAGCAGAGGGGUGGUGGGAUUCAACCACAGCUCCUCCAACGGCACCCACAGCCCCAGCAACGAGCUGUCCAAGGCAAAUGGCAUCGUGCCGGCGAGCCACCUGGGCAGCAGUCCCUCAGACAGGACUGAGGUGAAAAAGGUCCUGUCCAGCUCCCUGGACUUCUCGGUGAGCGACGCAGCUGGCGGCGAGCCCGCUGAUUGCAACGGAGGAGGCACGGAGGUGCUGACAAACGGGUUUGCGACCUUUGACAUUCAGGGAAGCCCUUCCUCGCAGAAUUCUGUCCACUCUCAUUUAAAGGAAACGUCCACUGAGGACACGGGCAGCGUCCCUGUUGGCAGCCCAGAGGACGAUUUUGCAGACUUUGCUGCUUUUUCCAACGAUGAAGGACACCUCAGCCAGACGGCAAAUGAGGACUUGGAGAACCUCACAGGGGGGAGCUCGCCGGUGGAGCACUGUAAUGUAGCGCAGGGAACGACUUCAGAGGACAGUGUCAGGGACACAAACAGAACUGGACAGCACACAUCCAGCUCUGAUUCCAGAUCUGUUCCUGCUGACGGCUCGUGCAACACGGACCGGGGCUCUCGCUCAGACGCUGACUCUCAACAAAGGGAUGUAGCCUUUGCACAGGAGCACUUCGCCUCAGAGGCAGUUUGCACUAACAGACCCCUCACUCUCAACGGGGUGGACGGAACUGACAGGGACGAUUCCAAAGACGUCGCGGGCUGCAGUGAAAACGACCUCUCGCCAGCUGGUGAAGGAGAGAUGGGCCGGUUAGACGGGAAGGGCUCCGGUAACGACACCGAGACGGAAACGGAGACGGAGACGUCGCUUGGCCGGCCGCUGUCGACAGAUGCUCUGGAGGAGUACGGUGACAUGAGCACAACAGGCUCGGUGCCCUCUCCGCCCCUCCAAGGGGAAACCGCCACGCCCGCCGACCACAGCCAGCUGGCAGAGGACGAUGAGGACUUUGGGGACUUUGGAGACGCCGGCUCAUUCAGCGGUCAGGGCUUUGCCGAUUUUGACCAGCUGGAUAUCCAGCAAGAACAGAGCGAGUCGCACAGUUCUGCCCCAGCAAAGCAAGCCGCAGACGGCGAGGAGGACGACGACUUCGGCGACUUUAACUCCCCCAAAUUUCACAGCGGUGCAAACGAGUCGGAGGAUGGAGGCAAGUUCGCAGACUUUCCCCUCAGUGACAGUUUUGGGAAUUUCAGCUCGGCCGCUGCAGGCGCAGACAGCGAGGCGGAUGCAGGGUGGAGCGCCUUCGGGGAGGCCGAGCAGCAGGUGGAAGGGGAGACCUGGGCAGCGUUCAGCACGGAGCAGAGCGGCGCUCCUCCCGAAGACAGCCGAGAGGACGAGGCGGAGGAGGACGAGGAGGAGGAGGAGGAGGAGGAGUGGCAUAAGAGUGGACCUCCUGCAGUCAGCGAGGAGGCCAGCAGCACAGACAGACAGUCGGCGCCGCUGUCGAGUCGUCUGGAGAAGCUGUUUCAGAGCAGCUUCCCUCUGACCGCCGUCCCGUCGGUGGAGGACGCGGUGACGUCCCUGAAGGUCCUGCUGGAACCUCCGGUGGACAAACCGCGUCCAGGAGCCGAGGAGGAGGAGGGGGAGGAGGGAGAGGGGAGGUCGCCAUGCAGCAGGCCGGGACGUGACGGCGUGUGGUCGCAGCUUCAGGACAUCCACGAGGCGUUUGGCCUCAGAUACCAGUGGGGAGGCUCCCACUGCAAUAAAGCUCUGCUCUGCUGCCUGGGCAUCGACACCAGAAACAUCCUGUUCACAGGACAGAAGAAGCAGCCGGUCAUCGUGCCCAUGUACGCCGCCAGCCUGGGGAUGCUGGAACCAACCAAAGAGCCCGUGAAGCCCGUCUCUGCAGCAGAGAUGAUCGCCUCUAUAGCCCAGGCACCUCCGCAGGCUCCAGAGACAGGCUCCUGUCCCGCGGACACUGUCCAGCAGGAGGCGCUCCCACCCGUCCAGUUUGACUGGAGCAGCAGUGGCCUUACCAACCCUCUGGACGCGAGUGGAGGCUCGUCUCUCUUAAACCUGGAUUUCUUUGGUCCUGUGGAGGAUUCAGGCUCCACCAGCUCACCCUCCAUCCCAGGAGUCGACCCCGAGCUGUACGAGCUGACGACGGCCAAGCUGGAUGCCGGCGGCUCCGGCAGCCGGGUGGCGGACGCCUUCGCCCGCCUGAUGUCCACCAUGGAGAAGACCAGCACCUCCACCAGGAAACCGAGGAAAGAGGAGAAUCUGAGCGAGGAGGCGGCCAAAGUGAUCGCCGGGCUGCCCGAUCUCUCCUUCAUGCAGGCCAAAGUGCUGAUGUUUCCUGCCACGCUGACGCCACUCGGCUCUCAGGCCACGCCAGACUGAAUCCCCGCCCCCUCGCAGGCCCCGCCCACCGCGUCCACUUGGCCCCCCCACCAGCUUGGUCCAUUUUAUAAACAUCUUUUUUUGUUCUCUCUUGCUGCGGCUUAGUUCCUCCCUCACUUUCAUAUAUAUUUUUUUUAAUUUGCACUUUUGUUUUUCUAAUUUUAAGAAGUAAAGUGAAGCAUUUAUGAUGAUGUGGAGGAGGAGGGGCAGCGCCGGCCGACCACCUGCACAUUUAACACAGCAGAUAAUUAAUUUAUAGAAACGCUAAUUUAUAGAGGAAGGUUUAGAAGUGCGUGCUGUUCAUAUCUAGAAGAAUCAUCGUGUACAUAAUCAGGGAUUAAAGUCUGAUAUUCAUUUUUAAAUCUGGAGGAUGACUUUACGUGUCUGUGGUGGGAGUGUGUUUGUAUCUGUCUGUGAAGGAAACACUGGCUGAAGCUCUCUGAAUCAAACUGAAGUGGAAUAUAUGUAUGACAAGUUUAAAUUAAUACAUUUAUAUACAUAAAUAUAAGAUCUAUAUAUCUAUAUAUUUAUCAACUUUAAACCACACUGCCUGCAAAAUCCCGCUGAAUGUUUUGUCCCUUUGAGUUUUUACCUGCAGUCUGCGUAGAUUUUAACCCGCCGUGUCCAUCCUGUCCUCCUCUGUUUGUAAUUUAAUGCAGCUUUUUAACAUAAAUUAUGUUGACGUCCCUUCACCGUCGCUGCAGUCCUCCCACGGCCUCUCGGACGCAGAGCGACGUCUUGUUUUUAAUGUUGGGUUUGGAAAACUUCUGGUGAGGUUUUUAUUUUUAGGUCCACGUUGAGACAUUUUUCAGAUGUUUCAGCUGUUGUGGCCAGUGGACAAAAAAACGUUCCUCCUUGUUUGUUUCCGCUCUCCUGCUGUUUGUUCUUAUUGUUUUUCGGGGGGGGGGGGGGAGUAAAAACGGGACGUUUUUGGUUAAAACCACUGAAACUCAAAAGUUUUUUGUUUCUCGGCAGCGAAGGUCGACUCGCAUCAGAAGGGAAUUUAAGGGACCAAUUUCUGCCUCCACGUGUCGGGUUGUCUACACUGUUCCUCAUACGAAGUGCUCUCUGUGGUCGCCGCUCUGAUUUGCUCAUGUUUUGUUUUAUUUUAUUUUAAUUUUUUUAUUUUAUUUUUGUUCAUACUACUGUCAGCCCCAUCUCCCAGGAGGAUUUUGCACAUUGUAAAGAUGAAAUGGAUGUAAUCAUAGUUCACUGUGGCUUUCGACUGUGUACAGUUAAACUAUGGACUGUAAAAUGUACGGGACAAUUCCUAUGGAAAAAAACUGAAUCACUUGAAGAGCCUGUCAAAAGGUUAUCGUGCAUGCCCAGGUUCUUUUGAGACUAUAAGUGUGUAAAUUUUUCUUUUAGUGUACACAAGAAAUUAAAAUAGUUAUCUUCUC